UGCCUAGUCACAGGGUGACAGAAAAAAAGUCACCACCAUAAAAGGAUGUCUGCCUAAUCUUUCUUAGAACAACAUGCCAAGGUUAAUCUACUUCGAUUUGGUCAAAUCCUGACUGCCACUACACAGAGGCCUGAACAAGUCACUAAGCGAGACACAUGAACACCACUGACAGAUAUAAAAUGGACAACAAUUUUACCACACCCUCUACAGCCCCUCAGGAAAGUGACUGUGAUCUCUAUGCACACCGUGACACAGCCAGGAUAUUAAUGCCUCUGCAUUACAGCAUUGUCUUCAUAAUUGGGCUGGUGGGAAACUUGUUAGCCUUGGUUGUCAUUAUUCAAAACAGGAAGAAAAUCAACUCGACCACACUAUAUUCAACAAAUCUGGUAAUUUCUGAUAUACUCUUUACCACAGCUUUACCUACACGGAUAGCCUACUAUGCACUGGGCUUUGACUGGAGAAUUGGUGAGGCCUUGUGCAGGGUAACUGCUCUUGUGUUUUACAUCAAUACAUAUGCAGGGGUGAACUUCAUGACCUGCUUGAGCAUAGAUCGGUUCUUUGCUGUGGUGCACCCUCUGCGAUACAACAAGAUGAAAAGAAUUGAACAUGCAAAGGGCAUUUGCAUAUUUGUCUGGAUUCUAGUAUUUGCUCAAACACUCCCAUUACUCAUAAAAUCUAUGUCAAAGCAGGAGAACGAAAAGACUACAUGCAUGGAAUACCCAAACUUUGAAGAAACAAAAUCUCUUCCCUGGAUUCUGCUCGGUGCAUGCUUCAUAGGAUAUGUGCUUCCACUCAUGAUUAUUCUCAUCUGCUAUUCUCAAAUCUGUUGCAAACUCUUUAAAACUGCGAAACAAAACCCACUAGCUGAGAAGUCUGGUGUAAACAAAAAGGCUCUCAACACAAUUAUUUUUAUAAUUGUUGUGUUUAUUCUCUGUUUCACACCUUACCAUGUAGCAAUUAUUCAGCACAUGAUUAAGAAGCUUCGUUUUCCUAAUCUCCUGGAAUGUAGCCAAAGACAUUCAUUCCAGAUUUCUCUGCACUUCACAGUAUGCCUGAUGAAUUUUAAUUGCUGCAUGGACCCUUUUAUAUAUUUCUUUGCAUGUAAAGGUUACAAGAGAAAAGUUAUGAAGAUGCUGAAACGUCAAGUCAGUGUAUCAAUUUCCAGUGCUGUGAAGUCAGCCCCUGAAGAAAACUCACGUGAAAUGACAGAAACUCAAAUAAUGUUACAUUCCAAGUCUUUAAGUGAAAAAUAAAAAGAAAUUAAAUCUUGGAUGUAUAGCAAAGUAAACUGUAUAACAAACUUUGCAGGACUUUUCUUAUAAAGCAAAAUGAUUCUUCAACUUCCAGUUAGAACUCUUAAAUUCCUUUCAUUGGGCACUAUUUCCCUUUCCACCUCCAACUUAGAAGUAACCUGAUAAAUAUGUAUUUUUUACACUCAAGAUAACAAUAUGAAGCAAAAUUCUAAUUUGUUAAUAAAAGACUAUACCAAAAGGGAGACUAUAUUAAUAACUCAGGAUAGAAAGAAUAGUUUUGUGUUAAUGAGAAAUUUCAUCAUUCACAUUUUUUACUAGCAAUCUGUCAAAAUAAAAAAGACUGUUAAGCCCUGGCUGGUGUAGCUCAGUGGAUUGAGCAUGGGCCUGCGAAUCAAAAGAUCACGGUUUGAUUCCCCAUCAGGGCACAUGCCUGGGCUGCAGGCCAGUUCCCAGCAGGGGCCAGUUCCCAGCAGGGGCCAGUUUCCAGCAGGGGAUGCACCAGAAGCAACCAUACAUUGAUAUUUCUCUCUUUCCCUUCCCUUUUAAAUAUAAAUAAAUGAAAAUUUUUUAAAAAGACUGUUAAGAUUGUAUAUAGCCAGUGUAAAAAUGUUAAUAUCAUAACAUAUUUCUUUUCUUGAUAAUGUAUUUCUUCCAUCCAUUUUUUUACUCUUAGACUUUAUUUCCUCAAUAACACAACUGUUUUGUUUUGUUUUGUUCUGGGUCACAAAAUUUUGUUUCAGAGAACUUUUCUGGAAUAAACAACAGGAUUCUACAAAAUUGAGUAUGUUCUUCAAUGUUCAUUGUCAACUAUCAGCAAAAGUUACAAGGAGACUGUAAUUUAGUGGUAGAUUGGGAAAGCACAUUAUAGUACAUGAUGACAGUAACAGAGGCAAUGAAAGCACUGAGCUCUUCCUCCAAACUGCCAGCAUAGUAAGGGCCACUGCUUAGGAAUAUAACAAGGGCUCUUUGUGGAUAUACCCAUAUGGAAGAGGGGCCACUUGCUAAAUGCUUCUCGGGAAUGAAAAAUAACAAAUAGCCCUGGAUGGUGUAGCUCAGUGGACUGAGUGCUGGCCUGUAAAUAAAAGGGUCGCCAGUUCAAUUGCCAGUCAGGGCACAUAUCUGGAUUAGGAGCCAGGUCUCCAGCAGGGGGUACGCAAGAGGCAACCACACGUUGAUGUUUCUCUCUUUCUCCAUCCCUUCCCCUCUCUGGAAGUAAAUAAAUAAAAAAAUUUAAAACAUA